GCGGCGGUAUAUCGAGGUCAGUGGUUUGUUUACAGCGCGCUAUGGCAAUGUAACCGAGCGUUCGUACCGGGUGUAUAUCCUCCAAUGAUUACCGUCAUUCUAUCGUGUGCCCUGGGAUAGACUGGUCAGUCGGACAGACUCGUGGAUUAUCUCACCCCCAAAGUCGUCAAGUCAAACCAAUUACCCGGACUGCCGUUAUGUCAUUGCUCAGGUAAAGGUCAAGCCUGGAGGAGCGUACAGAUCUAUGUGCCAUUGCCAUUGCUGUGGGCGUCCUUGGCGACUACGUCAACACUCAGUAUGGACAACAACAUAGACAGCACUGCCAAAACUGACAGAGGGGCACCCUCUCAACAUGAAACUAAACAGGAUGCUUCACCGGAAGUGAUCCCCGUACAGCGACGUAGUGGAGCUGAGCAUGCGCGGAGACUACUUCAGAAGCUUGGGCCCAGGUUCUUUUACAAGAAUGGAGCCACUCUUCUCCACCACUGUUUAAGCCGACCAGUCGUAUACGUCUACGUGUUGGUUCAGGGCGGUGUUCCUGUCAACGUCCAGAAUAGUGAUGGAGAUAGUGCAUUACACAUAUCCGUAAGGGCAGGUAACUACGCCAUGACCCAAGCCUUGUUACAGUGCAGCGCUGAUCUGGGAAGCAGAAAUAAGCUGGGUCAAACACCGCUGGACAUUGCAGAAGGCGCCAUCAGAGAUCUGUUGCUAAGAUACCAGGGAGGUGUUGUCCAGGCAGUGAUGCAGGGGAAAUCACAGACUCUAGAUCGCCUCUGCAAACACACGUGGUGCAGCGUUGGAGCCGUCGUCAAGAUUGCUACUAUAAAAGGCUCAAGUCGUCACCAGGAAGGCAAGACUCUGCUGCAGCUGGCGAUGUCGCGAGCCGAGAUCGAUCCCAAGGUCACCAACUGUUGUAGAAUCCUGCACGAGUACAAGCCAACCAGUGAUCUGAUCCACGCAGUGCUGAGCGAGGAUGUUGACCUCCUGAAGGAGAUGCUAUCGACGGGGAAAGGAUGUUCCGUCAACAUACGAUGGAGGGAUCACCUCGGACCAACCCUUCUGUCUCACGCUAUAGAGAGUAAUAAUCUCGAUAUAGCGCGGCUGCUAGUAGAAGCGGGUAGCAGAGUCAACCGAGUCCGACUCCGAGAACAUGACACGGUGUCUACAACGGUGCCAUUGUUCCAUAAAGCUCUGGAGAAUGGUGUCAGUCAGGAAAUGGCCAAGUACAUCUUUGCUGUGCAAGAUUACACGGAAAGGACGGAGAAGGAUAGUCGUGGCAACACUGCUAUACUCCAGGCAAUAGAGAAGGGGUUAUCGGAGAGCCUGAUACACUGGCUGAUAGUGGCACAUGGGGGAACGUGUCUCACACAUAGGAACCAGCACGGAGUGACGCCCCGGGAGCUGGCCACACAGAAGGGGAGGACCGAUGUCGUGUAUACGAUAGACAAGUUCGUGGAGCAGCAGAGCAUGAGGUUCUCCCUCCUGUACCUGCCCGUGCAUUUCUAUAGCGAGGACAGCCUCAAUAUAACGCAACUGGGCAGCAAGUUCGCAAGUGAAGCUGGAGAGAACGGAAUCAGAAACACCAUUCAAAGUGUGGAGGCCCGCGGGUUAGCAAUGUUCGAGGCUGUUGCCAGGGGCGACCUCGCACAAGUUCAGAAACUUAAUGAAGCUAAUUAUCAAGAUAAGAAUGGCUUCACGGCAUUAACAAGAGCAAUAGUGUUCGCCCAACCGGAAGUGACGAAGUAUCUCUGUACAUCCAGACCUGAACUGAAGUCUAUUGCAGACAACUCUAACCGGUAUCCACUCCACUACGCAUGCGCACUGCCAGAUGACCAGCUGAUGGCCUUCGCACGGAUUUUGUUGGAGAGGAAUCCUGAAGAAAUUGAAUCUCGGGUUGACAAGGACGGGAGGUUCCCUGUAGACUACAAGAACCUGCGAGGAACUGAGGAAAUCCGGUGGAUGCUCUACGAUGCCAGGACCCUGGACGCUUACGGACAGAGAGGACCUCCUCUAGGAGAAUGGCCUCCCGGGUCCGAAGCGUCAGCCCCUUUGCAAGAAGAGUAGGGACACAUCGUUCUCAACGUCUCAUGAUCGGCAAAUAUGGUGCGGCAACGUAACAGCCAAGCUCACGUGCUUCUCGGCCUGUACAUUAUCACUGACAGGCUUGUUUGUUAUUUGUCUUACGGUAAAAAAUGCUUUUGAAUGCUGAAUUAAAGAAAAAGGCUUUUUUUUAACAAAAUAGGGUCGGUAGGAUGAGUAAAUUAAUUCCCAAUUCUCAUUUGGCAUUAUUGCGAGAACUGACAGAUAACUUACAUGGUUCACAUAAAAACAAGGGUGCGCUGUUUUGAGCACCUAUGACCGUUGCUUGUACAUCGUCUAUCCGUUACGGAUCAGAGACCCUAAAUAACCUGUCUCAAAAGUCUACAAAAUAAUUUGUGAUUCAUUUUCCAAAUGCAUUAUUUAGGUUCAAUAGCAUUAACAAUAGCUCAAAACUGGAAUAAUUUCCUCCAACCUGCCUUUGAGGUUCAGUGGAUCUGAAAACCAAGAAAUAUACAAUAAAACAGCAAAGGUUAAGAUUUGGUCUCUCUUUUGAUACUGAGGCAGAGUCUCCACAUGCCAUAAGAAAAGUGUUUCAUAUUUAUGGCCAGGGAUCCAAUAAGACUCUUUCCACUGUUACAGUGUAAUGUAUCAAUAGCAUAAUUAAUGUGUAUUAUGCUUGUUUUCUAAUCUCAUCUGUCUCGUAGCCACAUCUUCAUUAUGUGACCAGUCCGUGUUUAUCGCCGCUGUGUGUGUGAUUUUACGACUCUUCAGUCAGUCGUUUUCCUUCAUAGCAAUGUGUAUCGUGUAUGCGUCCUACUGCAAUGUUAGACUGUGAUAUUUGUCCACUAUGUAUAAAUAUUUAUUUUUUGUACACAUUUUCAUACAAACAUAUUUCAAAUAUAUACAUUUCUUACAGAAGAUAAAAUAAAAAAAUAUGACAUUAA